ACGGGAUGCCUCUCUUGAAGAGCACUGGGAUAUAAUUACUCUCCUAACUCUCUCACUCAAAUUUGAGGAGGUUACAUGACUCUGUUUUGGUGUUUCAUCUGGUGCCACCAUGUUUGCUAACCCCGUGACUUCAACUCCGUUUUCUGUGAAAGACAUACUGAACUUGGAGCAACAUCAGACUGGUCUUUCUGCCAUGGACAUUUCUCCAAGGCUGGAGUCCUCUUCGUGCAUGCUGUCCACCUUCAAACAGGAGUCUUACCCGGGGACCCCCUGUCUGUCUGAUCUAAGUGAGGACCUUUCUCAAAGAGGAACAACUAAAGCUUCAUCACCCUACCCUGGGUCAUUUUAUGUCAAGAACUAUAUGGAAAUGGACUCUAUGAAAGACCCCAAGGAAGACAAGAAAGACCUCUGCCCCUUGCAGAAGAAUCUAGACAAUGACAAGAGAGAUUUGGAGGAUCCUGAAAGACCAAGGCAAAGGAAGAGAAGAAAGCCAAGAGUUCUUUUUUCUCAAGCCCAGGUAUAUGAGCUGGAGAGAAGAUUCAAACAGCAAAAGUACCUGUCAGCCCCUGAGAGAGACCAUUUAGCAAACAUCUUGAAGCUGACAUCCACUCAGGUCAAAAUCUGGUUUCAAAACAGAAGGUACAAAUGCAAAAGGCAGAGGCAAGAUCAGACUCUGGAGAUGGUGGGACUCCCACCUCCAAGGAGGAUAGCUGUUCCUGUGCUGGUGAGAGAUGGUAAACCAUGCUUGGGAGAGUCUUCUCCUUACAACUCCCCAUAUAAUGUCAGCCUCAACCCUUACAGUUACAAUACUUAUCCUACAUACUCUAACUAUAGUAACCCAGCUUGCAGCAGUAGCUACAGUUGCAACUACUCUUCCAUGCCAAGCAUGCAACCCACAUCAGCUGGUAAUAACUUCAUGAAUUUCAGUGUGGGGGACCUGAACACAGUGCAGACUCCAAUCCAGCAAACUGGUGGUGUAUCUACACUCCAUGGAAUCCGAGCCUGGUAGAACUUAGCUCCAAAACUUCAGAAAAGCACUCAAUAAUGUGGUGGCAUUGACUACAAAAGACUGGAAAGACUUGCAGAGACUUGGUGGACAAACUAAGAUGUCCUGCACUCAGCAUUGACUAGAUGUGACUUAUUAGACCUAGGAGUGUGUGUGUUUGACAAAAACAUGAUGAAAUCCAGGGCUUUUGGUCUACAUGACCGGAUUAAUCAACAGAAGAUGCACAUCUUAUCAAGGGGAGUUGUAUUAUUAUUAUUAUUAUUAUUAUUUUUGUUGAUGUUGUGUAGUGUUGAUUUUUUUUAGCACCACUAAAAGGUAUUUACCGAUUACCAAAGUGUGUCCUAAUAUGUAUUUAACCCAUUCACUGCAGGUUGCAUAAACUUUUUUUGACUACCACAGUGGUUGCCCUGCAUUGCCCUAGCACUAAAAGUGUUAACAACCCAUGCAGUAUUACACAGGCAAGGGAUUGUAAUGACUACUAUUUGGGAAAAUGCUGAAAUCAUUGAGUACAAAAGAAUAAAAGAAACAUAUGU